AUGUCACUGGUGGCAUUGGGAUCUUGUCUCUUUAGCAUAUGCAGUGCAUUUGCCUUCUUAUCUAGUCCAAUGGCUUGGGAUGCUUCACGUGUCAGUGCGGCAAUCCCAUCCGGAGUCGGAUUUUUGGGAUCCGCGCUCAUUUUCAAGAACAAAGAUGACGAAAACAAUAAUCAUGAAGUUCAUGGCUUGACCACAGCUGCAUCGGUAUGGCUAUCUGCUGCCGUUGGAAUUGCAUGUGCUGGCGGAAUGUACUUUGUUGCAAGCCUGAGUACAGCCAUCAUGUUGGUGUUGCUGCGUUUCGGACCACGCACCAAUUUUCCACCGGGUGAUGAUGAUGAUGAUGAUGAGUCAAUCGAUGAUGAAGAUGAGACGGAGGUGGGCGAAGCUAUUGCAAACAUCAAUGCCAAGAAAAUAUACCAAUCCAUUGAUCCAGAAAAGCAGCCAAUCAUGACGCGAGAAAUUCGCCCCAGCUUGAGCAACAGCCAGCGAUCCAGUGCUGCAAAACGAACAUCCACUCGCCUCCCUCGUCCUAGUUUAAUUUAA